GACGUGUGGCUAAGCUAGGAAGAGAGUAGGCUAUAGACUGUAAAAAAAAUAGCUAGCUGGGCGCUUGCUUCUUGACAGUGGGUGGUAAAGAGAAGCACUGACAGCACCGACUGUUUCUGCAAACACAUAAACUUGUAAUAAUGGCGGCUGACUGGGAAGAAAUCCGCCGGCUUGCCGCUGACUUUCAGAGAGCACAGUUUGCUGACACAGUGCAGAGGCUGUCGGAGAGGAACUGCAUUGAAAUUAUUGCAAAACUGGUCCAAGACAAGAAGCUGGAUGUGGUGCACACACUUGAUGGGAAGGAGUACAUCACCCCUGCACAAAUCAGCAGAGAGAUACGAGAUGAGCUCUACGUCCAUGGAGGGCGAAUCAACAUCGUGGACCUGCAGCAGAUUAUCAAUGUGGAUUGGGUCCACGUUGAAAACAGAGCAAGUGACAUUGCAAAAACUGAUAAAGGGGUUCAACUUGUACUGGGACAACUUAUCGAUGACACGUACCUGGACCGUUUGGCUGAGGAGGUGAAUGACAAACUGCAGGAGGCUGGUUUGAUCAGUAUUGCAGAACUGUGUAAAAACUAUGACCUCCCAGGAGAUUUCUUAUCUGAGGAGCUGUCAAAGCGUCUUGGAAAGCUCAUCCAGGGAGAAAUGGACCAGUACAACAGAGGGGUCAUAUUUACCCCAGCUUUUGUUGCUCGUCACAAAGCCAGGAUACGAGGGCUUUUCAGCGCCAUCACAAGGCCAACACCUGUCAGCAGCAUGAUCGGAGCAUUUGGGUUUCAGGAACAUCUUCUCUACUCCGUCCUGGAGGAAUUGGUGAAUACUGGACGACUGAAAGGAAGCGUGGUUGGAGGUCGGCAGGACAAAGCUGUUUACAUCCCUGAUAUUUACGCCAAAACGCAGAACGCCUGGGUGGACUCUUUCCUCCAGCAGAACGGAUAUCUAGAGUUUGAUGCGUUGGCCAGGUUGGGGAUCCCUGACGCCUCUACCUACAUCAAGAAGCGCUUCAAGUCCAACAAGCUGCUGUUCCUCAGAGCAGCCUGCGUGGGUCAGGCUCUGGUCGACCAGGUGGAGGCCUCUGUAGAAGAAGCUGUCAACUCUGGCACAUGGACUGACAUACAGCCAAUUUUGCCAAGCUGCCUGUCGAUGGAGGACGUGGGGAUGUUAAUCAACCAGGCUAUGAGAAACACUAAUGUCCAGUCCUCUGCCAGAGUGUUGGGAGACACGGUCGUCGUCAGUGAGAAGUUCAUCAGCAGCUGCCUGUCCUUAUUUGAAGAUGCCAUGCAGCAGAAAGCUCAGAUGGAAGUCAAGAACAAUCCAGUGUUUGUGAUUACUGAAGACGAUCUGAAGCAAGCAUCCAUGCUGACAGAGAGCUCAGCAAUAACCUCUAAAAAGGAAAAGAGAGAAGCAGAGCGCAGGAAGAAGGCUACAGAGGGCAGUGGCAGUGUGAAAGCAGGCGGAGGAGGAAAUGCCAGAGAGAUCCGGAUCCGUAAAACCAAGAAGAAAGGGAGAAAAGACGAGGACAGCGACGAGGAAACCGGACCUUCACAGCAAAAUCGCAGUAAACAGACUGCGGCCCCCUUUAUGGCCCAGGAGGAGAUCGUAGCUGUUUUAGAGGAGAGACUGAAUGACUGCCCCGAAGAAAUCCUCUCUGAGCUGGCAGAGCAUUUAGUAAGGCCUCUAGCUAAAUCCUAUCAGGAGGUGCUGCGGACGGUGUUCAUGUCCUCCACCAGCUCUCCAUCAAGGGCCAACAAGAAGAAGAGCAUGAAGGAGCUGCAGGAGGAGAUCACCAACCUGUACAACAACAUCCGACUCUUUGAGAAAGGCACCAAGUUCUUCUCUGAUGAAACUCAGGUCCACAUCUCCAAGCACCUCCUGAAGACCCUGUGCACGGACGUCACCAACAUCCUGGUCAACUUCCUGGCUGCUGACUUGAUGAUGUCUGUGGAGAAUCCCAGAACCAUCACCAACGAGGUCAGAGUGAAGAUUCUGGGCAAACUGUCAGAAGAGACCAGAGGACCGCUCAUGAAGCUGCACAACUGCCUGAACGGCAAAACUAUAGAAGACUUCAUGACCAACAUAGAGACCUGUGCCGAGGUGUGUGGCUUCAUGCUGAAGAAGGGAGAUAAGAAAAAGGAGAGACAGGCGCUGUUUGUGCACCGUCAGGCUCUCACUGAGCAGCUGAAGGAGACGGAGGAUCCAGCUCUGGUGCUGCACCUGACCAGUGUGCUGCUGUUUCAGGCCAGCACCCAGUGUAUGCUGCACGCCCCUGGCCGCUGCGUGCCUCAGAUCAUCGGCACCCUCACUGGCCGGAUAGCCACGGAGCAGCAGCAGCUGCUGGCUGCCUACCAGGGCCUGGUGGUGAAGCAGCUGGUGAGCCAGAGUCAGAGCAGGAAGCAGGAGGAGGCCGAGGGCGAGGCCGACAAAGCGGAGGAGCAGGACGAGGAGGCCAGGAGUGUCCGCGCAGAGCUCAUGGCCCUGACACCACAAGUCAAGGAUCUGGUGUCCCAGAGGAAGACAUCUGUCACAGAGGACUGAACAUUUCAUAGAUUAGAGAAAUGAAUGUGAUUGAUGAUGAAUCUUUUUAUGGUCUUACAUGUUGAGAUGAAUACUUAAAACUCUGUCAGAUCAGCUGUUAAAGGGUAACUUCGGUGUUUGACACCCUGGAACCUAUUUUCAGCCGCAAAACAGGCUGCACCUUGCUUGUUUUUGCCAGUGACAGGCUCAAAAUAUUAAGUGUCUGAUAAUUUAUGGAAAGGAUCCCUUCAGACGUAGAUCUUUUUGUUGAAGAGUAAGAUCCUUUUUUUGUUUAACCAGAAACAGCCCUGAAAUGGCUGUCGACAAACCCACCAGACUCCAUUUAAAUAAAUAGUAAUUAUAUUAUUGUAAAACACACUUAAUUCAAAGUAGACAAAAGCAAAAUAAAACACACAAAACCCAUCUCUGUCCGUCUUUCCACUGUUCCUACAAUCACCAACUCUGGUUUGGUGGAAGUAAACCCAUAAAUCACUGAGUUAUAUGUGAGAAUAUGCUGGCUCUAUUCACAAUAGAAUUACUAUUUAUUUAAUUGGAGUCUGGUGGGUUUGGCGAUGGUGAUUUCAGGGCUGUUUCAAAUUAAACAAAAAGGUUCUUACUCUGUCUCGGUCUGUCUCUUUAAGGAUCCUUUCCAUAAUGUUGUCAGACACUUACAAUAACAAUCUGAGCCUGUCAGUGGCAAAAACAAGCACUUUAGUGGACGUACAUUGAAGGUGCACAAAUGCCCCGGCUGGUUACAUCAUAGUUUUGCCCUCCCUCAAUACGGGACCAUUUUCAAAAAUUGUUGUCUCUAUUAGUCACUUAAAAAAAGAACUUGGGAAAAUGGGAUCCAUUUUGAAAAAUACCAAAGUUCCCCUUUAAUACUAUAUUUUUGUGAUUUAUCCAUGUGGACAUAAUUCUAAAUUAUUAAAGUAAAUUCCUGUGUGGGAUGUCUCCCUGUAAACCCAAUUAACAUGAAAAUCCUCAAUGAGGUUUUGAUUUUCAUGCAUUCAUUAAAGCUCUCCUCUUCCUCA